UGCUUAUCAAAACCCGAUUUCAGUUCAAAAAACAGCCACUGCACUGAACAUAACAGCACGCCACAAAAAACAUUUCCUUUUAAUUUUACCGUUAGCGUGCUCUUUUUCCUCGUUUUCCCACCUUCCCCGGCUCAACCAAUUUCACAGAAUUUGCAAAUAAACCCCCAAUUUCAUGAACAGCAAAAUCUGGAACAGUUGAUCAUGGACGAAGAAGAUGAGAGAAUCCCACUCCAAGAAAAGCUUCCCCAGAAGGAAAAAUCACCCGAGAAAAAUGGGAUUUUGGGGGUGAUUUUCAGCCCUUUCAACUGGCUGAGUAGACUCAGCGACGAGUUGCACUGGAGCUUCGUGUUGGGAGUGGUGAUUGUGUACGGAAUCAAUCAGGGUUUGUGCUUAGGGUUGAGCAAAGUCAACACGCAGUACUACAUGAAAGAUGUGCAGAAAUUGCAGCCCUCCGAAGCUCAGAUUUACCAUGGGAUGAUUAUGAUUCCUUGGAUUGUUAAGCCCUUGUGGGGUAUUCUUACGGACACUGUUCCCGUUGCUGGUCGAAGGAGGCGGCCGUACUUCUUCUUCGCUGGCAUAAUCGGUGCAGUAUCCAUGAUUAUUUUAUCAAUCGAAACGAACCUGAUUCUUGGAUUAGCUUUGUUACUCCUAAUAUGUGGGAGUGCCGGUGCUGCAAUAGCAGACGUAACUAUCGAUGCAUGUGUGACCGAAAACAGUAUAAGCCACCCUUCUCUUGCCGGAGAAAUGCAGAGCUUGUGUGGAUUGUGCUCUUCCAUUGGCCAAUUAAUCGGAUACACAAUUAGCGGUUUCUUAGUUCAUCUAAUUGGAUCCAAGGGUGUGUUUGGAGUGCUUAGUGUACCGGCUGGACUAGUGAUUUUUGUGGGACUUAUAAUACAAGAGCCAUUAAUUCGGAACUUUUCUUAUAAACGAGUUAGUCAGAAAUUUGUUGAUGCUGGAAGGGCAAUGUGGACGGCUUUGAAAUGCCCCGUUGUUUGGAGGCCGUGUUUAUACAUGUAUCUAUCGCUAGCGGUGAGUCUGCACAUACACGAGGGGAUGUUUUAUUGGUAUACGGAUGCACACGCGGGCCCCGCUUUUUCGCAGGAGAUGGUGGGAUCAAUCUCAGCCGUAGGUGCAAUUGGGUCUCUACUAGGCGUUCUCCUCUACCAAAACAUAUUCCGAAAACACCCUUUUCGCAGCGUGCUCUUCUGGGCGCAGUUGCUCUACGGUGCAUCGAGUUUGAUCGAUUUACUAUUAGUCCUCCGUAUAAACCUAACCCUCGGAAUCCCAGAUUACGUAAUCGUAAUAUUCGACGCCGUCGUUUCCCACAUGAUCGCGCGUCUCAAAUGGAUGCCUCUCCUCGUUUUAAGCUCGAAGCUUUGUCCAGCUGGCAUCGAGGGCACUUUUUUCGCUCUUCUAAUGUCGAUUGAUCAUAUAGGAUAUUUUACAGCAUCUUGGGGCGGAGGAAUAUUACUACACGGUUUGAAUGUGACGAGGACGAGUUUUGAUAAUCUUUGGUUGGCUGUUUUGGUGAGGAGUUUCUUUCGAGUUCUUCCGAUUGUGAUUUUGUUUUUGGUGCCAAGCGGUGAUCCGAAUUUGAAUAUUCUUCCGAUUGAGAUGCUGGGAGCGAAGAAGGGUGAGGAUUUAGCCGAUGAUUCGGAAAUGGAAAUGGAAGCCCUCCUUGUUAAUAGAGCCAAUCAAAAUUAAAUUGUUAAAAGCAAAAAAAAAGAAAAAAAAAGGGCCCGAUCGUAAUUCGUUCGACGAAAUCCCCGUUUUUUUUUUUUCUGCGAUUCGAGGAUGUAAGUUGCUUAUACAGAUAUGAGAUGGAGACAAUUGUAGGGGAAUAUAUUUUUACAGGCAUUAGGAAUUUUGAAAUGUACUGAGAGAUUCCAUAUUUUUUGUCUGAAAAACAAGAAAUGCAGUCUCAACAUGCAAAACCGAAUUCCCUUUUGUCAU